AUGUACGGAUCCAGUCGACACCAUCUUGACUCGUUCUCGUCGAAUGAUGGUAACGCGUUUCUGGUGCAAGUCGGCUCGCGAACGUUCGAAGCUCACGAGCUCCAGAAGCUGAUUCCACAACUCGAGGAGGCGAUAUCAAGGAAAGAUGCGCAGCUUCGACAGCAGCAAUCCAUCGUCGAGGGACACAUCAAACGGAUUUCGGAGUUAGAAGGAGAGGUCACCACACUUCAGAGAGAAUGCGACAAGCUUCGCUCCGUUCUCGAGCAGAAAGCCCAGUCGGCAGCUAGUCCCGGACAACCGCCAUCACCAUCGCCACGCACCGAUCAACUUGGCAAUGAUCUGCAGCAGAAGGCCGUGUUCCCAGCCGACGGUACUCAACAGCGUGCCAAGAAGAUCGCCGUGUCCGCGGAGCCGACGAAUUUUGAGAAUAAGCCAGCCACACUGCAACACUACAAUAAAACUGUUGCCGCCAAGCAGAUGAUACGCGAUGCCGUCCAGAAGAACGACUUCUUGAAGCAAUUGGCUAAGGAGCAGAUCAUUGAGCUCGUCAAUUGCAUGUACGAGAUGCGUGCUCGCGCCGGGCAAUGGGUGAUUCAAGAGGGAGAGCCGGGGGAUCGUCUUUUCGUUGUUGCUGAGGGAGAGCUACAAGUGUCUCGCGAGGGAGCCACUCUGGGCAAGAUGCGUGCUGGAACCGUGAUGGGAGAGUUGGCCAUCCUCUAUAAUUGUACAAGAACCGCUUCCGUUCAAGCUCUCACCGACGUCCAAUUAUGGGUUCUCGAUCGAUCGGUAUUCCAAAUGAUCACUCAACGAUUGGGGAUGGAAAGACACUCGCAGAUUAUCAAUUUCCUUUCAAAGGUCUCAAUCUUCGCCAACCUCACCGAGGAUCGUAUCUCAAAAAUCGCCGAUGUCAUGGACCAGGACUACUACGAUGGUGGGCACUAUAUCCUGAGACAAGGGGAGAAGGGUGACGCCUUCUUUGUGAUCAAUUCUGGGCAAGUCAAAGUGACGCAACAGAUCGAAGGAGAGAAGGAAGCGCGGGAGAUUAGAAUUUUGAAUCAGGGAGACUUCUUCGGAGAGCGUGCCCUUCUUGGAGACGAAGUUCGAACGGCCAACAUCAUUGCUCAGGCGCCAGGCGUCGAGGUCCUUACCCUAGAUCGUGAAUCGUUCACCAAGCUCAUCGGCGAUCUAGAUACCCUCCGGAAAGACUAUGGAGACAAGGAACGUGUGGCGACGCUGGUCCGAGAGCCGCCAAGUCCUGUGAAGAUUGUCGACGAUUUUAGAGAGGAAUUCGCGAAUGUAACGCUGAAAAAUGUGAAGCGACUGGCGACACUGGGAGUUGGAGGAUUCGGAAGAGUCGAGUUGGUUUGUGUCAAUGGGGAUAAGUCCAAAACCUACGCCCUGAAGGCGUUGAAGAAGAAGCAUAUUGUGGAUACCCGCCAGCAGGAGCAUAUCUUCGCAGAGAGGAAUAUUAUGAUGGAGACAUCAACGGAUUGGAUUGUGAAGCUUUAUAAGACGUUCCGUGAUCAAAAGUUUGUCUAUAUGCUUCUUGAAGUUUGCCUUGGUGGAGAGCUCUGGACCACACUUCGUGACCGCGGACACUUUGAUGAUUAUACCGCCCGUUUCUAUGUGGCUUGUGUGUUGGAAGGUUUGGAAUAUCUGCACAGGAAGAAUAUUGUGUACAGAGACUUGAAGCCGGAGAACUGCCUCUUGGCUAACUCUGGAUACUUGAAAUUGGUUGACUUUGGAUUCGCGAAGAAGCUGGCGUCGGGACGGAAGACGUGGACAUUCUGUGGAACGCCAGAAUACGUGUCACCGGAAAUUAUUCUGAACAAGGGACACGACCAGGCUGCUGACUACUGGGCACUUGGAAUCUACAUUUGUGAGCUGAUGUUGGGACGGCCACCGUUCCAGGCUAGCGAUCCUAUGAAGACGUACACGUUGAUUCUGAAGGGAGUCGACGCGUUAGAGAUUCCGAAUCGACGAAUUGGAAAGACGGCGACGGCGUUGGUGAAGAAGUUGUGUAGAGACAAUCCGGGAGAGCGAUUGGGAUCGGGAUCCGGUGGUGUGAACGACAUUCGGAAGCAUCGGUGGUUCAUGGGAUUCGAUUGGGAGGGAUUGAGAACGAAGACGUUGAAGCCACCAAUUCUGCCAAAGGUGAACAAUCCAGCGGACGUGACUAACUUUGACAACUACCCACCAGACAACGAUGUUCCACCAGACGAGUUCUCCGGAUGGGAUGAGGGAUUCUAA